AUGGCCGACACUCAGAUUCCCGUUAACGGCACCUACCACUCACAGCCCGGAUACCCCGAUUCAUACAACCAUGCGCACACUGCCGUCAACAGUGUUUCCAACUUCCAGCCGGCACAGUCUUCUACACCUUCCAAUGCCCCGUCUAACGACCAGAAGAACGGUAUCUCCAAGGAUGAGGUUGGAUGGUAUUUCGUUGAACAGUACUACACCAAUAUGAGCCGUAGUCCGGACAAGCUACACCUUUUCUACUCUCGACGGUCCCAGCUUGUGUUCGGCACUGAGGCCGAGUCGGUUCCGGUUGCUGUCGGUCAGAAGGCCAUUCAAGAGAAAUUCAAACAGCUUGACUUCCAGGACUGCAAAGUUCGUGUCCUAAACGUUGAUGCUCAGGCCUCUUUCGAGAACAUCCUCAUCUCUGUCAUUGGCGAGAUAUCCAACAAACAGGAGCCCUCUCGCAAGUUCGUGCAAACCUUUGUUUUGGCCGAACAGCCCAAUGGCUACUAUGUUCUCAACGAUGUCUUCCGAUAUCUGGUUGAUGAGGAGGAGGUCGCCGAGGAUGCUGCCAUUUCUAGUGACACGGUUGAGGAGCCGGAACUUCAGGCCCCUGCACAAACUGCGGCAGGACCUAUCACAGAAACCGAAGAAUCAAAAGUGGAUACUGAGGAGGCUGCUGCUAAAAUUGAUGAGAAGCUUGAAAAGGCCGAGGAGGCUGAAUCGGAAGCUCCGGCUGCGGAAACCGCUCCUCAGACAAAUGGAACCGAGCAGCCUGAACCUGCAGCCGAAGUUGUAGAGACCCCUGCCCCUGCGGCUGAAGUCGUGCCCGAGAAGCCUGCCUCUCCAGAACCCUCUCCCGCUCCGCCCGCGGAGAAGGAGGCUCCUACCAAAGAGCCAGCACCUCCUGCAAAGGCUGUUCCCAAGACCUGGGCAAGCAUUGCCUCCAAAACUGGAGCUGCGGCCCCUGUUGUUCCUGCUAUUCCCGUUGCUCCUGUGAAGCCUGCUCCUGCGGCUGCUCCCGCCUCCCAGCCUGCUGCUCCAGCUCCGGCUCCGGCUUCGGCUGCGGCUGCCGCCCCUGCCGCUGAGAGCGGCCCCAGCCAGCCAUCCUCUAACGAUGGAUCCGGCUGGCAAACGGCAGGUCAUGACCACAAGAAAUCACAGGCUCGCGCCAGUGAUAACCAGGCCGUUCUUGGCUACAUCAAGAAUGUUACGGAAAAGGUCAAUGCGGACUUGCUCAAGGAAACCCUUGAGCGAUAUGGAAAGCUUACUCAUUUUGAUGUGAGCCGUCAAAAGAACUGUGCAUUUAUCGAGUUCGCUGACCGCGCUGGCUACAACGCCGCUGUUGCUGCAAAUCCCCACCAGAUUGGAACCGAACAGGUCAAGGUUGAAGAACGCCGGCCUCGUGGCAGUGUCUACGGCGGAAAUACCAACUACGGCCCUGGACGUGGAGGUGCAGGCCGGGGCCGCGGUGACCGUGCGGGCAGCCAGGGUAGGGGUGGCUUCCAGCGUGAUGGACGCGGGGGCUUUGCUCCUCGGGGCCGCGGCGGAAACGCCAACACUAAGGCUCGCAACCAAGGCCAGGCUGCUUAA